AUGCCGCCCCUGAACAGCCGUGCGACGCGCGACCUGGUGAAGCGGCGCAACGUGAUUCCAGGCCCCCGCUCGCUGCACCGCGGCAUUCACUUUCACGAGAACGAGAAGUUUGUCGUGGCGUACAAGCAGAACCGGGGGGCCGCGCGGCGGGACCACCGCGACCUCCUCGUCCACCACCAGAAAAUUAACGAGGAGCUGCAGGACGUCUACGCCCGCACCGCCGCCCUGCACGCCGAAAACGCCACGAUGGAGGAGCGCAUUGAGGAGUCGUGGCGGCAGUUUGAGCGCAUUGGCGGAAAAAGACCGGCGAGCGCCGCAUCCGCCUCCUCCCGCGCGUACGACCACCUGCGGAGCAACAAGUCCGGCGUGGGUUUUGCGGAACGCCUGCGGCAGGUCUCGCAGGAGAAGCAGGACUUGCGGGAGCGGUCGCAGUGGGAGCGUGAGACCCGCGGCGAGGCCGUUGACUACUCCAAAGGCAGCGCACUUCACGCGGCGAAGGACAAGCGUGUCGCCCUCUUCCAGCGCCGUCAGCUGAAGCGUGAGCACCUCCUGCGACGCAUGGGCGAUCCGACGCCGCUGAAGCAGUCGGGCCGCUACGACAUGAAUAGUGGCACACUGCGUGUGUUUAACAAGACAAUACGUAGGGUGCAGCGGGAUGUGCGGCACGACGAGCGCACGCAGCAGGUGAAGGAGCGCAGGAGGGGGUCACGCAGCAUGUGGGACAUGCGCGGGGGAGAUGAGAACCCCAAUCGCCCGUCGCAGGGGAUUCUGCGCUACACGCGAGAGUUCGAACUUGGCCCGCGGCAGCGCGGUAAAAAAGGCAGGCGCGGCAACUGA